UUUCAUGGCAAUGAUAAAGCCUCAGGUUCUGUUAAUUCAAAGCAAAAAGAAGAAAGGGCCAACUCGUACAAGUGUCACCACGAUUCUCUUCUGCAAUAUAUUUGUUCUGAUGAUUGUAUUGUGGUUAAUUGCCACUUACAGGCAUUGGUUACAAAGGUCAAGGGGGCAAACAGGGAGUGGAUUGUCAACUUUGGAGCAGGUUAAUGACGUCGUAGAUUCGAAGAAAUAUGAUCUUCCUGGAUAUGCUGUUCUUAAUACAUCAAAAGGCUAUCUUACCAUAGAACUCUUCAAAGAUGGUUCUACUGAGACCGUGGACAAAUUUCUUGACUUAUGUCAAAAAGGACACUUCAAAGGGAUGCCUUUUCGCCAUGUGAUAAAAGACUAGGUGAUUCUAGGAGGGCAUCCACAAGGCCUUGGAGGCAUUGAAGACUGGACAUCAAAAGGCAAGCUUCACGGUCAGCUGACCACAAGUCCAGAACAUGAGGCUUUUAUGCUUGGAACUACAAAAGUUAAAGCAGAUAGCAAAGCAUUUCAGCUAUUUAUCACAACUGCACCAAUACCAGAUUUAAAUGAUAAACUGUCUGUGUUAGGACUUGUCAUCAAGGGUGAAGACGUGGUGCAAGAAAUUGAAGAGGUUGAUACCAAUGAACAUUAUCAGCCUAAAUCUCCAAUGGGGAUCAUUGAUGUGAAGCUGCAACAGGAAAUUUGAGGUUUUCUUUUCAUUACCGUAUAGAUUUGUCUACAUGCAUCAUGGCCCUCAAGAGAAAUGUUGUUGAGAUUUCCAUCACCAACCUUGUAAUGAGGCUGCACCUUUUUCACACUUGAUUUCGGUUUCACUUCCCCUAUGGUUGUACUCUUUUUCACUUGAAGGGGAAGAGGACCAAUGAGUUGUUUCGAGAGUUUUGAGUUCGGGUUAGCAAAGUUUAGGUUUCAUUUUUAGAGUGCAAAUACAACUUUCGAUUAAGUCACAUACACGUUUUAUAUCAUCAUUCUGUUUAUUCUGAUCAGGUAUGUUGUAUGUUUUGCCAAACUGAGGAUGUAAUAUUCUGAUCAAUCAAUCUGAGACAUCACUUGCAAUAUUAUGCCUCAAUGGCAAUUGUUUUU